GGGGAGCGGGAGAGAUGCAAUGCCCGGGGCUGCUCCCCCAAAACCUCGCUGCUCCUGGUGACCCCGCUCGCCAUGUGAUCCCGGCAGGGCUGAGGCUGGCUCCGAAAUGGGAACCUUAGGGCAGAGGCGAGAGAACCCUUUGCAAUGGAAAUCCAGGGUGGGGAAAAAAGAAGCUUCUACUCCCCUUACACACGCUGACUAACUGCUGAAACCUGCACAAGGAUGCAGCACUGCCCCUAAAACAGCACUUGAACUGAAGCAGAUCAGUCAUUGUACCUCCCGUUCAAAACCUACCCAGAUCACUGAGUUCAGAAUAACGAUGCCUUUGGGACACUUAGCCAAAGGCGCCAGCCUGGAGAACCUCAUUGAAACCUGCCUUCAGUCUUUUGAUUCAGAAGGAAACCUAUGUAAAAACAACCAGCUGCUACAGAUAACACUGACCAUGCACAGAGUUAUCAUCCCUUCUGAGGAUGUGCUCCGAAAACUAAUUGAUCUAUAUCUGGAUGCUUUAGAAAAGAAAUCUUCUGGGCUUUGUGUAAAGAUAUGCUAUUUUGUAAGGUAUUGGAUAACAGAGUUCUGGAUCAUGUUCAAAAUGGAUUCUAGUCUAACUAACACCAUGGAGGAAUUUCAGAAAUUGGUGAGAGCUAAUGGUGAGGAGUUACACUGUCGCCUAAUUGACACAACUCAAAUAAAUUCCCGGGAUUGGUCCCGAAAGCUUACACAGCGGAUAAAGCCCAACACCAGUAAGAAAAGGAAAGUCUCACUUCUCUUUGAUCAUCUAGAGCCGGAAGAGCUAUCAGACCACCUCACCUACCUUGAAUUUAAGUCCUUCCGAAGAAUAUCAUUCUCAGAUUACCAGAAUUACAUUGUAAACAGCUGCGUAAAGGAGAAUCCAACAAUGGAAAGGUCCAUUGCUCUUUGUAAUGGUAUCUCCCAAUGGGUACAGCUAAUGGUACUCAGUAGGCCAACACCACAGCUUCGGGCUGAAGUAUUCAUCAAGUUUAUUCAUGUUGCACAGAAGCUCCACCAGUUGCAGAAUUUCAAUACUUUAAUGGCAGUGAUAGGAGGUCUCUGUCACAGCUCUAUCUCCAGACUCAAGGAAACAAGUUCUUAUGUUCCUCAUGAGGUCAACAAGGUGUUUAAUGAAAUGACAGAACUGCUCUCAUCUUAUAGGAACUAUGACAGUUAUCGACGUGCCUACAAUGAGUGCACUAACUUUAAGAUCCCGAUCCUUGGGGUCCACUUGAAGGACCUGAUCUCCCUUUAUGAGGCCAUACCAAAUUACUUAGAGGACCAAAAAAUUAAUGUGCAUAAACUGCAGUCUCUGUAUAACCACAUAAAUGAACUGAUACAACUCCAGGAGAUGGCACCUCCCUUAGAAGCUAAUAAGGAUCUUGUUCAUCUACUCACGCUGUCACUUGAUCUUUACUAUACUGAAGAUGAAAUAUAUGAACUAUCAUAUGCACGAGAGCCAAGAACCAACCGAGCUGCACCUUUGACACCUUCCAAACCACCGGUAGUUGCAGACUGGGCCUCAGGCAUAGCUCCAAAACCUGAUCCAAAGACAAUCAGCAAGCACGUUCAGAGAAUGGUUGAUUCUGUCUUCAAAAAUUAUGACCAUGAUCAGGAUGGAUACAUUUCUCAGGAAGAAUUUGAAAAGAUUGCAGCCAGCUUUCCAUUCUCAUUUUGUGUCAUGGACAAGGACAGGGAAGGUCUGAUUAGCAGGGAUGAAAUAACAGCUUACUUUAUGAGGGCUAGCUCGAUCUAUUCUAAAUUAGGUCUUGGCUUUGCUCACAACUUCCAAGAGACCACUUACCUAAAGCCUACGUUCUGUGACAACUGUGCUGGAUUUCUCUGGGGAGUUAUUAAACAAGGAUAUAGAUGCAAAGACUGUGGAAUGAACUGUCACAAGCAAUGCAAAGACCUGGUUGUAUUUGAGUGCAAGAAAAGAUCCAAAAGCAUGACUGCUGAUAACAGCCCGACCUCAGCCCUCGCUUCUAGCCUCUGCCCUGUAGGAGUCAAAGAGCAAUUCCAUGGGCAGGAGGAAGGACCGUUUACAUUUCCUAAUGGAGAAGUGGCUGAACACAAUGAAGAGAGGAAGGACCGAACAAUUAUGCUUAUGGGCGUCUCGUCCCAAAAAAUCUCAGUGAGAGUGAAGCCAGCUGUUCUUGACAAGAGCACACAGACUGAGCCAACACUGGCAACUAGCGAUGUACCCAACAGGCAGAUGGAGAAGGAGCAUGGGAUACCAUCUGAAAAUAUUUAUCUACAGCCUGCAACACCAUCUCCAUGCCCAAGCCCAGUUCUAAGCCGCAAAAAGGCUUAUGUAAAAUGGGAAAACAAAGACUCAAGUCAGAAACGGAAGGACGAGCUUCGCAUCUAUAAACCCUCGUACCAGGAACUGGAGCAGGAAAGAAAUAUUCUAAAGGCAGAAAAUGAAGCUUUAAAGAUUCAGCUUAAACAGGCGCACAAAACAAUUGAAUCUCUCAGUAUUCAACGCAGAAAUCAUGUAUUGGACAAUACACAACACAGAGACUGCGCGUAGCUGACAAGGCAGGAGCUCUCCUCUGGAUGAAAGAGAGGGCUUUUUGAACUGUGACAAAGCUGCUGUAUUCAAGUGAACAGGAAACAAGAGACUGAAAGAUUUUAAACAGAGAUAUAGUCUGUUGAAUCAGCGUAUUUUGCCUGUUCAAUAUACUGCUGAAUGUAUAAAUGUGUUCCUUUCUCUGACAGUUUAAAAUAAUUUAUCUUCUGAACAUGGGAAUUAAUACAUUCUGGAUUCUCUCUCAAGAAGGGUGAUGUAGGUCCUGAAGUUUAUAUUUAUCAUCAGUAAGCAACUUCCAUGUCCAAUAUGGAUGAUGCAUGAUGUGACUCUGCAAGAAGCUACUGUUUCUAUCAAGUCCCCACUGCCCAUCUACAAGUGUUCCAACAAGGUAUGUAAUUAAGCGGACACUAUCAACUCAAUUUUGGCCCAAGUUCAGGUUUUCUGAAACAUCUGAUAAACAUUUGAUAAAUCUAAGACUUUUGAGCAAUUUUUGAUCAGAGAGAAAUUUCAUGGACCCAAUGAUUGCUGCAUUAAGAACUGGAAAGUGCAACUGAGUUCAUUGAUUUUCAUCAUCCAACAUUAGAAAUAUAAACCAUCAAGCAGUGAAACGAGUAACAUUUUAAGUCUUUCCUUUUUAAUGCUCUAAGAUGUGGUAUAUAAAUAUUUUUACAAAUAGGAUUAAAAUUAAGCAUUCCUUUAAAAUCUUUGCUUUCUGAGCUGGCCUUAGAGGUUCUAGCUACCCAAACUUUUAACCCUGCAAAAUUAAAAAUUAUAGUGCCUCAUACAGAGCACGAGACUAGAGCUGUGACACUGGAGUAUUGCUUCCACUUUAAAGUUCCAUGCUACCAUUCAGGUCAAAUAGUCUUGAUACUGGCCCUGCUGGCUCAGUGGUUAAUGGUUGAAGACAGAUUUUAUUGACAGGAGGAAAAGAUGUUGACUAUUUUCUUUAACUUUUCUCCAUCUUUCAGUCCUUGAUUUAUAAGCGUGCAAUAUAUUCUUAUAUUUCAAGAUUUAAUCAUAAAAUACAAAUAUUAAAAUGAAGGAAGGGGAAUUUUCAGUCCAUGACAGCAUUUAACUGUCAUGGCCUCCAACUAUGGAACCUAUCAAAGUUGGGGAAGUACAAAGCCUCCUCACCAUUGACAGCCUUCCUCUAUAGCUUAAGUUAUUGUUAUUUAUUAUUUCUGGCACAUCUAAGGGUACCCGUCAGGGACUAGGACUCUACUGAGCUAAGCACUGUACAAACAAAUAACAUGAAGGCGCUUCCUGCCCCCAAGAGCUCAUGCUCUAGCAUUUGUUGGCAUAAAUACAAAACAGACUUUAUAUGUGAUUAUUACCUGGUUGCCAGCAUUUCAGAAAAAAGUGGCCGUGAAACAAUUCUGAGAAGCAAGGCUAGUGGAGUUGCAUGUACAUCAUGGGGAAUUUCAGGUUAUGUUAUUGUGGGUAGCUUAGUUCACUAACGGUUCAGCUAAGCAACCAGAAUCCACAGCAGUCCUGUCCUUCACAUUAGCAAGGAGCCUCUAGCCUUUAUCUCUUUUUGUCUCUCAUAUGGAAGCUGGGGAGAUUUGGGGUUUCCUGAAUCCCUUAGGAUCCUCCUGUCCUGUCCCCAUUCUGUAUUGAAUCCAUGUACUCUUUCCUGGCUCCAGUCCCUGAGCAAUUAAUCCCCUUCCCCAAACAUGCCCUCUCAAAAUUCGUUUCCUCCAUCUCUUCUCCCCCCACCCUUACAUUUGAGUUAAUUUGGUGCAAUAAACAGUCUUUUCCUAACAGGAGUCCUCAGCAGCAAGAGGUUCUUCCCUGCAAUUAAAUUUCCUGCUCUGCUCUCAGGACCCUGCUACACCUGCCCUUCUGCACACAUUCCCUCUCUCUGGUCCUAGGUCACUGGCUGGAUCAUCCAUCCGCUUGCUAAGGCCAUUUGUAAAGUCCUUCAGCUGCCUCAUCUAAACAUUCAUGCCAGUGAGAGUCAGAUUUUUUUAAACAGACUGUUAAUUUGUGUGUGGAAUCUGCAUUUGGGGCUGUACCUAGCUCCCACUGAAAUCAACAGCAAAACCUCCACUGGCUUAGCUGAGAAAAAGAACAAGCCCUAGCACAUGCAAGUCAUGUAACUACAUUUCUGAUUUUUGCACAGGUAUAAAAAUACCUCCCUUUGUUUCUGCAACUCGAUUCUUGUCUGUAGUCUUAGUAUCCCUGUAUGUCUGUCAGACUGUGAUAGUGCAAGAAACACUCUUUAUAGGAGAGAGCUCCCCAGCCUGUGCCUUUUUGACCAAGAAGCCUGAGUGGUGGUGGUUUCAGACACUCUCUUUUCGCUACCUCUUUUUAGAAGCUGAAGGUUUCUGUACCUCCCUGGGAUGAUCUGCCUAGAGUUCCCAAAUAACAGUCUAGUUUUCAAAAGCCGGAUGCUCAUUUACAAAGUCCUUUUACGCUGCUCUACCAGCAUAAGGGUGUUUUAAUGUAACUACAUUUCAGGGAGGUCUUAGUUUCAUUAAGAAUAGAGAGGAACACAUUAAAACAAAGCUCUGUAUACACUAUUUAAUCGGACACUGUAAAAUUCAGCUAGAUAGGUUCUCCUUAUGACAAACUUAUCAAUAUGAUGUAUUUUUAUUUACUGUGGGCUUGUCUAUACAGGGAAGUUAAUUCAGAUUUAGGUAAAGCAUGAAUUUAAAGCAGAAUAGCUAUUCUUGAUUAACUCCCUUAACCCAUUUUAGAUUAAGCUAAUUCAGAAUAAAGCAUUCUUAUUCCAGAAUAAGAACAACAUCUACACAGGGAGUUAAUCAAGAUCAACUUUAAAUUUAAAUCCAACCUUAAUCUGAACUAACUUCCCUCUAUAGACAAACCCAUAAAUAAAAUUAGAGCUGUCAAGCAAUUAAAAAAAAUAUUAAUCUCGAUUAAUCACACUGCUAAACAAUAAUGGAAUACUAUUUAUAUAAAUAUUUAUGGAUGUUUUCCAUCUCUUCCAAUAUAUUGAUUUCAGUUACAACACAGAAUACGAAGUGUACAGUGUUCACUUCAUAUUUAUUUUUAUUAUAAAUAUUUCCACUGCAAAAAUAAAAAUGUAUUUUUCAAUACACCUAAUACAAGUACUGUAGUGCAAUCUCCUUAUCAAGAAAGGAGAACUUACAAAUGUAGAAUUAUGUACAAAAAAUAACUGCAUUCAAAAAUAAAACAAUGU